UUUUUUUUUUUUUACAGGUAGCCUUGUAACUUGAGCUAUAAAACAAAGCCCUCCCAAGAAAAACCCAUUGCCAGAAAUCUGUCACAUGGAGACUGCUCCAGUAGCAAAGUCUACACAACGACUUCCUCUUUUGUCUUGGAAUUAAAAAAAAAAGAAAGCUAAUGAGACUGGCCAAAUACAUUGCUUAAGGGAAUACGUUGAACAAAACUAUUUGCUAAGUCUGUGGCAAGCCAGUGCCGGAUGCACUGGAAAGAAGAUAAGGGAAUAUUUAGCAUAGGACUGACGCCUCUGUCUUUUUCUCUUGGUAGACACGGAAAACUUUUGAACUCUGCUAAGUUUUUCUUCGGAAGGCUGCAUCCAGUGUUUUGCACUGGAAACUAGCAUUUGCAAAUUCAGGAACUCUCUGCAGUGAAGAGAUAAAGCUUCUGGCGAAUGAAGCUUUGACUCUCAAACACUUAUUCUCUGGAGUUCUUCCUUAAGGUUCUACUACGGGACUCAGAACUUGCUCUUCUAUUGCAGACCAACGCUACUGCCCACCUGAAAGAACAAAGCUUCACAGAGCACUUGGAACUGAUGAAAGAUUGAACCUGCAGAACACUCAUGAUCAAAGCUGAUUUAUUUCACAAGCCAAGAAAGUUCUUUGGAAGGUUUAACAUCCUAGCAUUAAAAAAAACCCACAGUGGAUAGAGAAGACUCAAAGUGAAGAAGAUUGGAAAGCUAUGAAGGCAGCAUCUCCCAGAGAUCCUCAACCAGCCUUUUGAUAAGUUGGAACAAGAAGAAGAAACUCCCUGUAGAGAAGGAGAAACGUCAGAAACAUCAGCAUCCACUGAAAAUCUUUUCCUUGGGCUCAGAUGAAGAAAAUCCAAUAAUGAAGACAGAAAAAGAACCCUAGAGCCCAAAAUGAGCAUUUUUAGAGCAGAAACGCCAACCGUGAAGCAAGCUCUUCCUGGUGCAGAGACAACACCAUGUCAUUGGAGAGUGAAGCAGUUCCUGGAAAAACUGGAUAAGCCGCCCAGUAACAAAGUUUUGGACCUAAACAACUGUGCACUGAAUGCAGCUGAUAUAAAACAGCUGAUUGCUAUUCUACCUUUGCUGCCAGAUCUGGAGGAGAUAGAUCUUUCCUGGAAUGAUUUAAUACGAGGGGCUCUCCAACCUCUUACUCUUCAAUUCAGCCACACGCAGAAGCUAACAGUCCUCCGACUGAAUAAUUGCAGACUUACAGCCAAGGACAUAACUUCUUUAGGAGUAGCCCUUGAAGUCACUCCUUACCUUGAGAUAUUGGAUUUAUCAUGGAAUAAUAACAUUGGUGGGAACCUUUCCAGUCUAACCCAAAAAAUCCCCAAAGGUUAUCAUCUCAAAACACUGAAAGUGACAGAUUGCAGCCUAACAAUGGAAGAUGGAAAAUCUCUAGCUCAGCUUCUAAACAGAAUCCAGAGCCUUGAAGAACUGGAUUUGUCCAUUAACAAAAACAUAGGACGGAGUCUGAAAAGCAUUGCUCAGGAACUGAAAUAUGUCUCAGGCCUGAAAGUACUAAAUUUGCACAUGUGCGGUUUGAAACAAGAUGGAUUCCAGUGCUUAGAUGAUGCUUUUCAGUAUUUGCGAGAACUUAAAAAGUUAGAUGUGUCAUGCAAUAAAGAGAUGGGAGGAGGCUUCCGGAACUCAGAUGCUCAUUUGGCCAACCUACGUGACCUCGAAGUCCUGGAUCUUCAUCAGUGCUGCAUUACCGAAGAGGACAUGGCCAUUUUAACUCAGAUAAUACCUCUUUUGUCAAGUCUUCAAGAGCUGGAUUUAUCAUCAAAUAAAAGCGUUGGGCUAUCUUCUGAUAACCUUCUUAGCCGAUUCCGGUUUUUACCUAAACUGAAAUCUGUGCUCCUGAGCAAUUGCUCUCUGCAGCAGAAUUCAUUUGCAUCUUUAGCCGAGGCUGCCCUUCACCUUCCUGAACUGAAGAUAUUAGACCUUUCUUGGAAUAAAUGCGUUGGUGGGAACCUAAAGCUGAUUUUGAAAGCGCUAAACCUCGAAGCUGAGCUCCAAGAGUUAAGACUGAGCAGCUGCAGCUUGGUGGAUAAAGAUCUGGCUUGUCUUGCCCUGGUUAUCCAAGAUGGCCCUCUGACUAAACUACAGAAGCUGGACCUGAGCUACAACCACCACAUCUCUGACCAGGGAUGGGCCAUGUUCUAUCAACGUGUAGGUGCCCUCGAGCAGCUUUCCGAAUUGGAUGUCAGUCUUCGGCCAAUGUUACUACGUGACUGUCGGGAAUGGUUUGGCGAGCUAUUGGCUGCCUUGUCAAAGCUGCCCGGACUCUUGGAGCUCGACCUCCAAGGCUGGGUUCUCUCCACAAGUCAGCAAAAGCAGCUGGAAAGUUUCAACUGGGACAAUGAACGAAAUGUUCACAUCAACUCUUAGCCUGGGACCCAAAUUGCCGA